GUGCCUGCGAAGCCCUUCAGUUGCCGUGUAGAGUGAUUUGACGGAGGGAGUCUCUUGUGGAUGGGCCAGCACUACGCUGAAAUCGGCUGCUCGCCUUUGCUAAACACGCAUGUAAUGUUUCGGUGGAAUCUGAACGUGGAAUCUGCUGGAAACAAAUACAACCGUGCGCUUUUGCAUGUCAGGAACGGAGGAAUUGGUUGCUGGUCCACGGCCGCAUAUCGGUUUUUUUCUUCAAAUUUCCCCCUAUGUCACAUGUAAUUAAUCGAAGGCAUGUGGAAUCGCACAAGGAUUAGGAAUUGCCUCCCAUUAGUGUGUCUGCUGUUGACGUUAUGGACGAAGGUGUCCCAGUCAACCGGCUAUUUUGAGCUCCAGUUGAUCAACGUAGAGAAUGUAAAUGGCGAGUUGGCGAACGGGGAAUGCUGCGAUGGCACAAGGAACUCCAAGGACCGGAGGUGUAGUCGAGACGAGUGCGACAUUUACGUCGAAGCUUGCCUUAAGGAGUAUCAGAUGGAGGUCAACACGGAAGGCAAGUGCACCUACGGAUCUAAAUCGACACCCGUACUCGGUGGAAAUAUCUUUUCUUUCAAGAGCUCCAAAAACCCUAAUAAAUUCGACGACGCUGGAAAGAUCAUGAUCCCCUUCCAGUUCGCCUGGCCGGUGAGUUCUCCCCAUCUUAAAUCAAGUCACCCACAUGGUGUGGACGGAGAUGUUCAUCCAUAUUCAUACCUCAGUACAACAUCGCUUUCUUUCGUUUUUUUCCACCGACAUAAUGAAGUGAAAAGCCAUUCAGCUUACUUUGUACGUGUCCCCCCCCCCCCCCCCCCUACAGGCGGGGAUAAGCUUCUGAUCGAGCGCAGCGUGCACACGGGCUUCCUGAACCCGGGCGAGCAGUGGCACACGGAGCAUCACAACGGGCCGGUGGCGCGGCUGUCGUACCGCGUGCGGGUCCGCUGCGACGAGCACUACUACAGCAGCAAGUGCAACGAGCUGUGUGUGCCGCGCGACGACUACUUCGGCCACUACCGCUGCGAGACGUCGGGCCAGCGGGCCUGCCUGGAAGGCUGGAUGGGCAAGGACUGCACCAUAGCGAUCUGCAAGCAGGGUUGCAACCUGUUGCACGGGAGCUGCGGCAAGCCUGGGGAAUGCAAGUGCAACUACGGCUUCCAGGGGCCGUUCUGCGACGACUGCGUGCCGUACCCGGGCUGCGUGCACGGGACCUGCGCCGUCCCGUGGCAGUGCAGCUGUGAGAGGAACUGGGGCGGCCUGCUGUGUGAUAAAGACCUGAACUACUGCGGCCGCCACCACCCCUGCAUCAACGGGGGCACCUGCAUGAACACGGAGCCCGACCAGUACCAGUGCCUCUGUCCCCAGGGCUACUCCGGCCAGACCUGCCAGAUAGCCGAGCACGCCUGCGUCUCGGACCCCUGCGCCAACGGCGGGACGUGCCACGAGGUUCCCUCGGGGUUCGACUGCCACUGCCCGCCGGGGUGGGAGGGCCCCACCUGCGCUAACAACCUGGAUGAGUGUGCCUCUAAUCCGUGUGCCCAGGGUGGGACAUGCGUCGACCUGGACAACAGCUUUGAGUGUGUCUGCCCCCCUCAGUGGAAAGGGAAGACCUGCCAGAUAGACGCUAACGAGUGCUUGGGGAAGCCCUGCCUCAACGCUCACUCUUGCAAAAACUUGAUCGGUGGAUAUCUUUGCGCCUGUCUCUGGGGAUGGUCCGGACAGAACUGUGACAUAAAGGUCAGCAGCUGCCGUGGUCAGUGUCAGAACGGAGCCACGUGCAAGAAGGCCCAGGGGAUCUACCAGUGCCAGUGUCUGCGGGGGUUCACGGGCUCCCACUGCGAGGUCCGGGCGAGCGCCUGCGACUCCGGGCCCUGCCACAACGCGGGGCGCUGCCACGACCUCCGGGGGAGCUUUGUGUGCGAAUGCCCCCCCGAGUUCUCAGGAGAACUGUGCGAGAUCCCCAGUUGGAUGCCCUCCGACCCCUGCCACCCCGACCCCUGUGAGAACAAAGCCAGGUGCCACGGCCAGGCCCAGGACUUCUACUGCGCCUGUCCCGAAGGCUACCAGGGGAAGACCUGUGGGCAGGCCCGGGACCGCUGCCGGAGCCCGCCCUGUCAAGCGAUUGACAGCUGCACCAUCACCGUGGCGACCAACAACUCGUCGGAGGUGCGGCACAUCUCCUCCAAUGUGUGCGGGCCCCGGGGCACAUGCAGGAGCCAGCCGGCGGGCAACUUCACCUGCCUCUGUGAUCCGGGCUUCAUGGGCACCUACUGUCACGAGAACGUCAACGACUGUGACAGCGCCCCCUGUCGCAGUGGAGGAACGUGCAUCGACGGUGUGAACUCCUUCCAGUGCAUCUGUCCCGACGGCUGGGAAGGCCGACUUUGUGACCUCAACGUGAACGAGUGCAGACACAACCCCUGUAAGAACGGCGGGCGCUGCGUCGACCUGGUCAAUGACUUCCACUGCAAGUGUGCCGACGGCUGGAAGGGCAAGACCUGCCACUCGCGUGAGAAUCAGUGUGACUCCACCACCUGCAGCAACGGAGGCACCUGCUACGACCGCGGAGACGCCUUCCGCUGUGCCUGCCCGCCCGGGUGGGGGGGCAACACCUGCAACACGGCCAUGAACAGCACCUGCUCAUCCAGCCCCUGCUCCAACGGCGGCACCUGCGUCGGCGGAGGAGACACCUUCACGUGCAUCUGCAAAGAGGGCUGGGAAGGCCCCGCCUGUGGCCGAAACACCAACGACUGCAACCCUCACCCGUGCUACAACGGCGGUGUCUGUGUAGAUGGAGUGAACUGGUUCCGCUGCGAGUGCGCGCCCGGUUUUGCUGGUCCAGACUGCCGCAUCAAUAUAAACGAAUGCCAGUCGUCGCCCUGUGCUUACGGCGCCACCUGCGUGGACGAGAUCAACGGAUUCCGCUGCAUCUGCCCGUUGGGGAGAACGGGGACGCUAUGCCAAGAGUUCGUGGGCGUCGGGAAGACCUGCCACCACCACGGCCUCCAGUUCCCUCACGGCAGCCUCUGGGACGAGGAGUGCAACAGUUGUCGCUGCGCCGACGGCAAAGUGCUCUGCACUAAGGUGCUGUGCGGCCGCCUCCCCUGUCUGCUCCAGAGCCCCCCAGGAGGCGAGGAGGCGGGCGGGGGCGUGCGCCGGCCGUGCCCCGCGGGCCGGGAGUGUCUGGAGCACGGCCACCUCACCUGCUUCUCGCCCCCCUGCCACCAGUGGGGGGUCUGUUCCGCCCCGGGCCCCCUGCUCACGCCCCCGCCCACCAAGUGCCAGCCCAACACGGGCCACCUGGACAGCGGCUGCGCCCACAUCACGCUGGUCUUCAACCGGGACAAGGUGCCCACCGGCACCACGGUGGAGAACAUCUGCUCAGAGCUGCGCUACCUGCCAGACACCCGGUCUCUGGCCCGGGACCACGCCCUGGUCCUGCUCUGUGACCUGUCCCACUCCACCGCCGACGCCGUGGAGGUGGCCAUCUCCUUCCAGCCUCAGGACCAGUCAGACCAAAGCAGGAUCCAGGACGCGGUCAGCAUCAUCGUCGGCACGCUGUCCAAGCGCCACAACAGCACCGUCAUGCCUGCGGUCAUCAAGGUCAAUGUGGAGACGCAGGCAUUUCCUCCGUCACUGGACUACCUGGUGCCCCUGCUGUGCGUCCUCUCCUGCGUGCUCUGCCUGCUCUGUGUGUGCGUGUGCGCCUGGUGGACCCGCAAGCGGAGAAAAGAGCGGGAGAGAAGGAGGGGCGGAGGCGGGGCCCUGGGAGGCGGCGGCGGCGGCGGCGGCACAGCCUCGGAGAGCGUGAACAACCAAUGGGAGGCUCUCCGGCCGCAGAAGCAGCAGGAGCAGCAGCAGCAGCCGCCGCAACAGCAGCUUCCGCUGCUCAAAGACAGCAACCGAGAGGCGGAGCAGGAGCGAAAGAAGCUCAUUGGCUCCUCCUAUCGGACGUGUGACGGAGAGGACGACGAGGAGGAGGAGGAGGAGGAGGAGGAGGAAGAGGAGGAGGAGAUGGAGGGAAAGCUGGAGUUUGAGGGGGACGUGGCGAUGGAGGCGGGGAAGUGGCAGGUUUGCAAGUACUCAAAGGGGGCGGCGCAGCCCAGCGAGGGGGUGAUCUGCACCUCGCGCAGCACCGGGGCGGCGCUCCACAAGGCGCCACACCGGACGCCCGCCUACUGCCCCAAAGACAACCGCUGGAGACACCCCAGCGUGGGCGCACCCGCGCCCAGAGGCUCCAGAGACCAUUGUGUAUAAAGGUGGGCCUAGGGGGGCGUAGAGAGACGAAGCAGCAGGACUUUUGGACCAUAAGACGUGAGACAGCGCACGUUGAGUGGCUGUACUUUUUUGGGGGUGAUACGAAAAGGGGUUAAAAAAAGGCUUUAAGUUGAACGAAGCCAUUCUUUUUUUUUUUUUUUUUUUUUUUUUUUUUACUAUUGUCUCUCUGAAGAAUUGUUCAGCCUAAGCGUUAGAAAGAAGUCGGCCUCGAGUUUUGGCUUCAGGAUUUUUUUUAAUUGAUAUUAUUAUUAUUAUUAUUAUUAUUAUUAUUAUUUUUAUGAAUAUCAUUAUGUUCGAAGGAGAAGAACAAAACUAUCCAGUAGGCUGGAAAAUGCCCAUCCCUAUCUUUUUUUUUUUUUAUUAUUGUACCAUUUUUGUAAGGAUGAUAAGUCUACAUGGAUAAAGAAUAGUUCCUGUAUUCGUUUUGUUUGUUUACAGAUGAUGAUGGUUUGUGUUUUGGUAAGCAGGCUCCUCAUUGGUGAAACAACCAACCAACACUAAAAGGGGUGGGGGGGGAGAUCACCGGACCGCUUCUUCUUCUUCUUCCCAUGAAAAGUGUUCAAUGGGACUAGACCGGCUCAUAAUCAGGACCUGCAGCCGCCCUCCACCAUCUCCCCCCCAAACGUUAUUAACAUUGCUCCCUUCCUUGAGUGACACCACCUUCCAUCCUGCUCCUGUGGAACCAUCCCACCCCCUCUGUACCCAACCCUAGCCUUACCCUCCCCCCCCCCCCCCAAACCAAAACACACCCCGGGCCUGGAUGUGGGGGGAGGAGGAGGAGGAGGACAACGACACCACCCCAGUGCCUAUUAUGUGGCCUUCCAUUUUGUUCUGUCUUCUGAAAUGGCUGAAAGCUCUCGGGGUUUAUCGGAGGAGUUUUGUUUCCUUCUUUUGUUUUUUGUUUGAUUUCCAGUAUUUGUAUUCUUAUUAUUUCCAGCUUGACUUGGUAGCAAGUGCCUUCCCAAGAGCUCCCCCCGUCCCCGCCCUCCGCUGGGUGGGGGGGAGGGGGGGGGGUCGCUGUGUCUCGCUGCCCCGGUCCUCCACCUCUUGUGUGUUCUCCAAAUCUCGCACAAAGGAAGAGGAGAGGUGUGUUACUUUGUGUCUUGGCGUCUCGGUUGUUCUUCUCUGUGUGUGUGUGUGUGUGUGUGUGUGUGUGUGUGUGUGUGUGUGUGUGUGUGUGUGUGUGUGUGUGUGUGUGUGUGUGUGUGUGUGUGUGUGUGUGUGUGUGUGUGUGUGUUGAAGAGCCACGUUCCACAGCAAUGCUCUUGUUUAUUUUGUUUAUAGAGGAAAUGAGAGGUCUGUAAAUAUGUGUAUAUACUGAGGGAGUCGCUGUGUAUAUUUGAAUUUAGUAACUUAAAGACAAGUCGCACAUUUUUAUUAUUAUUCUUUAUUAUUAUUUGAAUUAUUUUUUUUACGUUCCAUUCCUUUUUAUUUAUGCCAGUCUAAAUGGGGCAGGUUUUAAGACAUUUCAAACAAAAUUAUAGCCAGGAUCCCAAAGUCAGGAGCAUUUACAGUGAGGUACCACUUGAGAAGGUUUGUCCGCCUGGUUUACUAAUGGUUCAGUGGCUUGAGACGUUUCCUCGACACGUCUCUUGUCUUGUCUUGUGUCUUCGAUAGAGCCACUUAUGCGUGUUGUCUUCGACCAGUAUGGUGUGGUUUGAUUUGGACAGACAAAAUAACCAAAAUACAUGCACUGGAAAAAUGUUGGUGUGAAACUUGUGUACAUCAUCGUUUAUAUCCCUAUAUAUAUUCUAUGCGAUGACUAUAGGUUAUUUCUGCCAUGCGUUAUUGCAUUAUCGCAUCAGCACGUUAAGAGUUGUUUUUUUUCAGCUCUUUCUGAGCCACAGGGAGAACCAUUGGUAGACACGUCCACAAACCUUUUGGGUUCGGGUGCCUUAAUGUAACAUGUACCGCAUUAUGUAACCAAUGGUCUUUUUUUUAUGUUUUUUGUUUUCACUAUUUACACAAAGUUACUCUUUUGAGAAAAGGAAAGAACAAAAAAAACGUGUGGUGUUCCGUGGCGCGUUUUAUUCGCCAGGCUGAAGUGCGCUCCCUCUCACUUUGCUUUCAUGAACACUUUCCCCACGUUCCUGGGAAACCAACCAUGGCUCCUUUUGACGUCAUGUCCGUGAGAGACGGUGUGUGUGGACUGUUUAAACAGGCAUAUAUAUAUACAAUGUAUAUGCUGACGUUGAUUCAAGGCUCAUACCAAGGGAAAAAUUUUUUGUCGUUGCGUUCAUGCGGUUGUAUUAUUUCAUCAAAGUUUCAGCAAUUCAAACUGAUUUGGUUUAAACGUUGGCAGUUACUGUUCUUUUUUGUUCGGUUCAUAUUCAUGUUUGUAUCAAUCAAAAGGCAUCAUCUUCUCUCUAAAUGGGGACAUUGCAAAAUAAAGAAUUACAGAUGCAA